CACUACCUGGAUGCUGAUGCAGACCAAUCUGUAUGACAAGGUUAUAACUCGCUCCUUACACGAUGUGCUGGCGAUGAUGCUCGAGAUGCACCGCUACGUUGUGCCUCGUCUGGAAAAGAUUUCGAAGGCCACGCGAGUCAUCGUGCUGUCCCAGAGCCGCCAACGUCCUCACUCCCCGAACAGGUUCAACAGAAGAGCGUCUUUCAGCAACAAGAACUUCGAUUGGAGUGAAUUGACGUUCUUGCAUUUCAUGCGAGCGUACAGAGAGGGUCGUGUCUCCGUCCCUCGCGACGAAAAGCGGGCAGAAGCCCAGGACAGCGAGCACGGACCGAAUCGUCAGGGAUCGUUCGACCGGAAUCAUUCACUGAAGGCCUGGCAGUCCACACACACGCAGGAUCGUGAUUUCAGCAACGAAACGCAAGACAAAGGCGCUGCAGGCGAUGAAGAACCCUUCCCUUGGAACGACCAUAGACACGGCCAAAGACUAAAAGACCACUCAGUGUCGUUCCGGGACCAUCUGAUUCCUGGAACGUACACGCCGGGCCUGUGGUGGUGGGACUCGAACCUCCCGAUCAACCUGGCGGAGAUCGAAGAAUGCAACGAGCUUCACCGUCGAAACCUGACUAGUGACGUGGCUUACACAGGUCCUCCUUUUACUUGUAGGGACGAUCACCACGCCGGACCGGGCACGUCUUCUGAUCUUGCUACCAUGUUACUCAACCUAAUAUGCAAUUCCGUCUUAGGUAUGUCCGAGACAUUCUGUUGCACGUGAAGAUGAAAAAAUAUUUAAACUCAUUAUACACACUGCGCAUGUGUGGGUGUGCGUGUAUGUGCUUAGAAUUACAUGUCAUGGCCCCCAACAACUCUCCCCUCUCAAACAGAGAAAUAUAUUUUGUAUACAGUAAAUUCAAAUUUAGAUGCGAUACCGCACGUGUGAAACGAAGAGGAAAAAAGAGAAAGAAAGUGCUUAUUUAAAAAUAUAAUAGUAUUCAGCGUCGAUAACGGAAGAGGGAGAGAAAGAACAGUGAUAAUGAUAGGAAAAGGAUGUAGUAGAAGGAAGGAAACGGGGGUGUCGUGGAUUAGUAGAAGAUCAGGAUCACAGAAACUCUUUGGUAUUAGUGAGUAUG